UUAAGAGGCUGAGAAAAGUAGACGAUUCAGAAUUAUUUAUCCUAAAACUUGUUAUUUAAUAAGAUACUUAAAAUAAUUCUCUUAAUAUCUUCUUUUUCUGCUUAAUAGUCUCUUUAACAAAAUUAAAAAAGCUACAGUUUUGAUAAUAGCAAUCUUAAAUAUAAGAGAAGAAGCAUUAAAGAGAGAUCUGAUUUGGCAAAAUGCAAUUUGGUUAAAUAUUCAUUCAUUUUCUUAAUAACCCAUCGCUGUUAUAGCUUAAUAGUCUUUAAAAAACAAGUAAAAGGAGUUGUGCUGAUAGAGGUUUCUUCAUAACUUUCUGAGUCACUAAAAGUCUUUUAGGAAAUUUAGCUGGGUCUAUACUCAUCUAACGCACGCUGUAAUAGGCUAUUUCUUUAUUUCAUUUCUAACCUUGAUUCUAUUUGCUGGGCCCUUAAAAUUAUGAAUACCAUAGAAUUUUGAGCUAAUGUGUUGAAUAAACAUUCUUCACCAAGACUUUUAAUGCUGUCUCCAAAACAUAUUCAUAUCUCGGUUGGAGAGUUUUUGAAACUUUAUUUUAAAGCUAUAGCGGUCUUAAACUGUUUGUCUAUUGACAAUAAACGCAAAGAGGCAUCCAGUCACCUCUGAUUAAGCUGAGACAAUAUUUUAAGGAUAAGUCCAUCUGAAAUUUAUUUUUACUCUCAAUAUUCGAAGGUAUUUCAAACAUCUCAGAGGAAAACUGCAAAUUACGGUAUAAAUAAUUGGAGAGACAUGUGAAUAGACUAGUGGCCAUUGAGCCAAAUAAGUUUAUUAGUGCUUAGGCAUUAGAACGCUAUAUUUCAAGAAUGGAUUCGUGAAAUUCAGAUUCCUCCCUCAUAAUCCCUGGACUAGACUGAGAGGCUUAAAUUUGAUAGUUUUGUUAAUAGGUAUUUGUAAGAUUUCAGUGGUCUUGGAAUAUCGAAGGUAUAGAAGAGAUCUCUAUAGGAUCUAUCAAUAAUUUAGCGAACCUGUAUUGUAAAUAUUAGAGUUUUAAGCAUGUUUCUGGUAAUAUAAUGUUAUUAUACUUGGCAUUUUUCAAUAAUUACGUGCAAAUAACUAGGAGACGAAGAGUGUAAAUACAAAUUUUAGAUCCUCUUUAUUUCUUCAGACUUUUUCAUUUUUUUCAAAAACUUUAGAAAUGCUGUAAUAUUGUUCCUAUCCCUUCAGUUGUAGCAUUAUCUGAACUAAUUAACAAUUGCUGAAUAAUUUUAGAACAACAGGCUUAAUAUUAGGAAUGUGUUGCUAGAUCAUACUGAAAGUUUUUGAAGUUCAAAAAUAUCAGCACCUAAAUCAAUUAUGCCAUGGCUCUAACUAGACAAAAUUUAAAAUCA